AUGGAGAUUGGAGAAGCUCUUGACCUUUGUGACUGGCCCAUCGUGGCGGACAAAACGAAGGUCUACGACCUGCUCCUCAGAGGACUGAGGGCCUGUGAUGAAAGUGCCUCAAUGCCUCAAACAAGGAACUUGGAACGUAUCAUAAAAGUCACCAAGGAUCUGCUAAAGAGAAGAGCAUUGAGGCUGGAUCCGACUGUAUCACAUCUCGAAUGA